AUGGUAACUGUGCUGCUCGCCGGUAACUUGCUCACGCUUCAAAUCCGUUACUUUCCUCUUCCCCCUCCCACUGUUCUCCUUUACGAACCCCCCUUUUACCCCCAUCCCUCCUCCAGCACCGCGCCGCUCGCGGAGCUGGUGGAGGCGGUGCUGCGCUGCUGCCUGCAGUCGCCCGGCUGCUCGCCGCGCCAAUACGCCCACACGCUUCUCGUGUGCUCCCAGUUUUGUGACAUUGGCAUGUCUCCCGCAAUAUUGCGCGUUCUGCCUCCCUCCGUGCUGCUGCCACGCAUUGAGCGCUGGAGCGACUCCAACCUGCACUUUCUGAGAAGCUGCGCUGCUGCUGGGAACAGCGAGGCCUUGUUCAUUCUCGGCAUGAUCUACACCUACUGUUUCAACGACCCUUACACAGGCUCGGCGCUCCUUACCCGAGCAGCCAGGGACGGACACGUGGCAGCUCUGCAUUCGUUGGCGAUAUUCCUGCUCAACCGUGGCAAUGCGAUGCCCAAGAGGGGCUCACCUGCGCGCACGGCAGUGCAGCUGCUGCUUCGGGCGGCACAGGGCGGCGACAUUGCAUCGCUGGUGGAGCUGGCGCACUGCGUGCAGCACGGCGUGGGGGCGCAGAGCAACGAGCGCAUGGCCCACUUGCUGCUCGCCCGUGCGCGCGCCCUGCAAGUGCUGCGACGACAGCAGGUGCGGCGAGGGGGGCAAAUGGAGCACGGGGAGCAAUUGCACUUAAACUCUCACCAGCGGCAGCAGCAGCAGCAGCAGCAGCAGCAGGCAAUGCAGCAGCAGCAGCAGGUGAGGCAGCAGCAAGAGCAGAGGAAACGGGUGCUGUGUGGGGCUUGGGGUUGUGAUUUGACACAAGGAAAUGUGAUCCCUCAGGUGAAACCUCAGGUGCCGCCAGCACCGCCAACUGCAGAACUGGCAACAACACAAGAAACGCAGCUGCUACCCAUCCCGCCAGCAGCAGCACGUGUGCCACCAACCUCAUCAACAGCAGCAGCACAUGAACCACUCGCCUCACCAGCAGCACGAGAACCAUUCACCCGGUCAGCAGCAGCACACGAAUCGUCCAUGCCAGCAGCAGCAGCGCACGAAUCACCUACCCCAGGAGCAGAAGAGCAGCAGUGGCUGCCGGUGCCUCGUCACCCCAUCCACUCCUUCCUGCUGCAAUGGCGCAAGCAGGAAGAAGAGAUUUUUGCCUUGUCCUCGGCUUCUAGCUCGCAUGGCUCCAACCUCACCGCCGAGCGGAAAAGGAGGUCAGGGCUUCGCCGGCGCAGGUACCAGCUGCUGCUAGAGGACCUGGAAGGCAUGGGGGAGGAAGAAUUCAGGGAUUUGUUUCGCAUCAACCGCGCAAUUCUUGACUACAUUGUCAACGGGAUGGCGCACUACAUGCAGCCCUACGUUGACAGAUACUUGAUCACGCACGAGGUGGCAUGCCUUGUGGCUAUCAAAUACCUGGCCAGCGGCAUGUCGUUUCGAGACCUGUCGGCAGUCUUCGGCCUGUCCAAGACGCUGUGCCACACGCUGGUAGAUGCGCUCCUCAUGCACUUCCCGACGGCCUUCAAGCAGCAGUGGGUCCACUUCCCGAGCCGUGACGACCUCGAUGAGAUGGCGGAGGAGUUUCGCGCCAUCAAGGGAGUCCCUGCGGUGGUGGGGGCUAUAGACGGCACACACAUACCCAUGAAGGGGAUGGAGGGGCACAGGCAAGAGUACUACACGCGCAAGUCAUGCUACGCAGUGCAACUGCAGAUCACAUGCGAUGCUCGCGGCAUCAUUUGGGACUACUUGGCCUAA